ACUUGAGCCCCCACUGCUCUGUCCCAUGCCUGUUCAGCAUUCUGACUAAUCCCCUACUCAUGGGGAGCUUGGUGCCGGGGUCCAGGCAGGCACCAGGAGGAGAGUUGUAAUCUGCUUUUCAGAUUUGGAGUCGACAGAGGGAUUUAACCCUUGGAAACUUAGUGCCCUGUGGUGGGAGGGACAGAUUAAAACCUCCCUUUAUCAGGGCUAGAGAAAAGCCCAGCAGGGAGAGAGAGAGUAGGACAGGGGCAAAUGCCAAAGCUGAUCCUGGUUCCUGCUGUGCCCCCAUGGCUCCCAGAACAGUCCUCAUCACUGGCUGUUCCUCAGGCAUCGGGUUGGCACUGGCCGUGAGACUGGCCACCGAUUCCCAGGGCCGCUUCAAAGUGCUGGCCACCAUGAGAGACCUGAGUUGCCGAGGACCCCUAGAGGAAGCAGCUGGAUCAGCUCUGGGACAAACUCUAGAGAUUGGGCAACUGGACGUCUGUGAUGAGGGCUCCAUCACCCGAUGCCUGAAUAAGCUUCCGGGGCAAUAUGUGGACAUCCUUGUCAGUAAUGCAGGCAUAGGGCUCAUCGGGCCACUUGAGUCACUGUCCCUGGAUGACAUGCGCCAGGUCAUGGACACCAAUUUCUUUGGGUUGGUGCAGCUGGUCCGGGCACUGAUGCCUGCAAUGAAGCGCCAACGACGGGGGCACAUCGUGGUCAUCAGCAGCAUCAUGGGCUUGCAGGGCAUCAUGUUCAAUGACAUCUAUGCAGCUUCCAAAUUCGCUGUGGAGGGUUUCUGUGAGAGUCUCCUGGUCCAGGCUCUUCGGUUCAACAUUUCGGUAACACUGGUAGAGCCAGGCCCUGUGACCUCAGAGUUCGAGGGAAAGCUGUAUUCCGGGGUGGAGCAGGUGGACUGUGUCGGCACUGACUCGGAGACUGCAGACAUCUUUACCCGAAUCUACUUGCCCAACUCCCGGGCUCUCUUUGCUAGCCUGAGCCAGAGCCCUGAGGAUGUGGCCGAGCACACCCUGAAGGUUAUCUGUGCCCGCCGCCCACCCUUCCGCCACCAAACGAACCCGGCCUACACGCCUAUGCUGGCCCUGAAGCGUGCGGACCCGUCGGGGGAACUGGCGGGGGCCGCCUUCUACAGCCUAGUCUUCCGUCACGGGCCGCUGCUGCGAGCCAGCCUUCACGCCGUGCGCCUCUGCCGCUGGAAGGCGCGCAAGCUCCGCCAGGCUCUACGCCUGCUCGGUCUCCGCUGAGUCGGCUCCCCUCCGGCCCCCGCCGGGCCGCGGGCAAGCUUGAAGAAGCUUCGCUCGCUUUCCUCCACUCAGUGCCCAGCCCAGGAAUCCCGCUGUAACCUGGGCCCUGGGGGACCUGGGCAGGGGCGCAGUGCGCGUAGGUCUGUGGAGUUGGAGGGACUAGAUGGGGAGUGUAGGACUGGGAGCUCUCUCCCUUCCUUUCAGCUUCUGAGCUGAAGUAACCCACCCUUGGCACAUUCCAGUCCAGCCCCUCGCUCCUUUCUCAUUUCCUAUAUGUCCGAGGUCACACGUUACAGGGGAACCCGGGUCUCCGGACUCUAAAUCCCCCCAUCCUGGCACCAAGAAGAUCUAAGGCGCGGGGCUGGGGGCGGGCAGCAGGGUGGGAGAGCCAGGUGGUAAGGGAUGCCCAAG